UUUAAAAGGCUGGGUGACUCCCACUUGAUCCGACACACUUCAACAAACCUUCUCUACACACUUCCCCUCUCACUUUGAACCAACACAUGGAAAUGGAGGACCAGAUGGAAAGCCAGAAGAGAGAGAGACGCGGUCCUGGUGGCGUAAGCAAAGAAGAUUUAAUAUCUGAACGGACAGGAAAUUUGGGAUGCAUUGGUUGGUUCCUGGUCAUUCUCUCGGGCAUGUUGACAAUAAUCCUCCUUCCAUUCACCGUCUGGUUUUGUCUGAAGAUUGUCAAGGAGUAUGAGCGCGCUGUCAUCUUUAGACUAGGCCGUAUCCCAGACAAGAAGGCUAAAGGACCCGGGAUUUUCUUUAUUUUGCCAUGCACUGAUUCCAUCGUGACAGUGGAUUUGCGAACGGUUUCAUUUGACAUCCCACCACAAGAGAUCCUGACCAAGGACUCAGUUACAGUAUCGGUGGACGGAGUGGUGUACUUCAGGGUCAAUGACCCCAUCGCCUCUGUGGCCAACGUUUCUAAUGCUGACUUCGCCACCCGUCUGCUGGCUCAAACCACCCUCAGAAAUGUCUUGGGGACUAAGAAUCUGGCUGAGCUCCUGUCCGACCGUGAGGGCAUCGCUCACAGCAUGCAGAACAACUUGGAUGAAGCCACAGACGACUGGGGCAUCAAGGUGGAGCGUGUGGAGAUUAAAGACGUGAAGCUGCCACAUCAGCUGCAGAGGGCCAUGGCAGCAGAAGCAGAGGCUUCACGAGAGGCCAGAGCUAAGGUGAUUGCAGCAGAGGGUGAGAUGAAUGCGUCUCGGGCCCUGAAGGAGGCGUCCCUCGUGAUCGCAGAGUCUCCGUCAGGACUGCAGCUUCGCUACCUGCAGACUCUCAACACCAUCGCAGCAGAGAAGAACUCCACCAUCAUCUUCCCCCUGCCCAUGGAUAUGUUGACUCCCUUCCUGCGAAAGUGACACCUCAAUUUGUCCUACCACUUACAGCCACUUGAGAAAGAAACACAUGUGACUCUUUGUCAUGUUGUCAGGAUACAAAUGCCUAUUUAUGCAUGGUUGAAAUGUUUUCAGACUGAUCAUAAAAAACCUUUAUGGUUUAAAUAGUCAAGCGAUCAGGCAUGGCCUACUGACAAAAUGCAUUCUGAAAAUUGUAUGUGUUGUUAAAAUUAUAAUAAUUGUGUCUGAUUUUAUAAGAUGUAUUGUUGGUCAAUUGCAUAUUUUGAUACUUAAUAUAUUAACGAACUGUUAAGUCUUUAUUCUCAUUUAAAUACUUAUAGCACCUCUGUUGCCUGACUCUUUUAUCCCUGAGAUGAUGUCUGCAAUAUUAGUUUACUUUUUCCUUUCCAACAGCAUAUAUAUUUAUUGUUGGUAAGUUUAGAAUUUGUGAGAAAUACAAGAAAAAUAUUUUAUCUGCGCCUUUUUUGAAAGAAAGUAGAAAUAGCCACAAGAUGACAAAAAGUGUGACACCAGCUUACUCUAAACCUAGUAGUUUUGUCCAAGUACAUGCUUGUGUUUUAGACCUGUGCUGAAUUGUUACACUAUGCUGGUGUAACCCAGGUUCUUAGGGCCUUAAUUCAGUUAUCAGCUCAUUGUCGAAAUAAAUAGAUAAAUAAAUACAUUCGUGUUUUUA